GGCCGAGCACAUACCCCAUUAGACCAAGCGGGUGCAUGCCAUUGAAGCUUCAUUCACAAAGCUAUAGCCACUAGUGAUCCCUGCCCAGCACACAAGUAGUGCUCCUGCUCCCGAAAGAUCGGCCAUGGGAAGCAUCGGAACCGCCAACGGCAACGGCAACGGCAUCGGGCACGGCAGUGCCCCGGUGGCGGCGGGGCGGCAGCACGCCGAAGGCCCCGCGGCCAUGCUCGGCAUCGGCACGGCGAACCCCACCGGCGUCGAGGUGCCCCAGAACGUCUUCGCCGAGAACCUCUUCCGCGUCACCAAGAGCGACCACCUCACUGAGCUCCAGCAGAAGCUAACCAGAAUCUGCGAGAAGACGGGCAUCGACAAGCGCCACUUCCACCUGACGGAGGAGACGCUGGUGGCGCACCCGGAGCUGUACGACCACGACGCGCAGUCGCUGGACAACCGCCUCGCCAUGACCGUCGACGCCGUGCCCAAGCUGGCGCAGUGCGCGGCGGCCAAGGCCAUCGCCGAGUGGGGCCGCCCCGCGAGCGAGAUCACCCACCUCGUCUUCAGCACCUACUCCGCCUGGGGCGCCCCGAGCGCCGACCUGCGGCUCGCCACGCUGCUCGGCCUCCGCCCCACCGUGUCCCGCACCAUCCUCAGCCUCCACGGCUGCUACGGCGGCGGCAGGGCGCUGGGCCUCGCCAGGGAGCUCGCCGAGAACAACCGCGGCGCUCGCGUCCUCGUGGCCUGCGCCGAGAUCACGCUCGUCUGCUUCGGCGGGCCCGACGGCGGCAACCUCGUCGGCCACGCGCUCUUCGGGGACGGCGCCGGCGCGGUCAUCGUCGGCGCCGGGCCCUUCCGCGACGGCGAGCAGAGCCCCAUCUUCGAGAUGGUCCACGCCACGCAGACCACGGUGCCCAAGACGGAGCACGCGCUCGGCAUGCAGGUCUCCGGCAGCGGCGUCGACUUCCACCUCGCCAUCCAGGUGCCCACGCUCAUCGGGCAGAACGUGGAGCGCUGCCUCCUCCACGCGUUCCGCGGAGGAGACGACGACGACAACGACGACGGUGGUGCUCAUCUUCCGUCUCCGUUAUCCGGGAACGGGAAGUGGAACGACCUCUUCUGGGCGGUGCACCCGGGCGGCCGGCCGAUCCUGGACAACAUAGACAUGGUGCUCAAGCUGGAGCCGGAGAAGCUGGCGGCCAGCCGGCACGUGCUCCGCGAGUACGGCAACAUGAGCGGCGCCACCAUCGUCUUCGUGCUCGACGAGCUGCGCCGGCGCCGGAGCCUGCUGCCGGAGUGGGGCGCCAUGCUGGCCUUCGGACCCGGAGUCACAAUCGAGACCAUGGUGCUCCGCUGUCCACGCUAGGUGCAUCGACGGCGUCCAGUCAUCAUCCUUCUCAAGCCUACUUACGUACGUAUGUAUUUGUGUGUGCACGUACGUGUGUCAAACUAAAUGGACACGUACACUCAAAUCAAAUUAAGGCCGCAAACGGCCACGUCCCACUGAGCUUUCAGUUCAUGUCCCAUACGACUAGCUAUAGCUAGUAAUUAUAUAUGUAGUGCCUGCUGGGUGUAAUAUGAUUCACCAAAAGAAACUACUUGGAUUCUACUAAUAAAUUGUAAAAAAAGAUCCUGUAUUUUUCUAGCUAUAUGCGAUAAUUUUUGAAUAUUUUGAAGGAUU